AUGGUUGCUACAGAGGUGGACACAGGUGUUGCAUUGUUUCGUUGCAGCGAGGGUCUCGGCCAGGUGGCCGACCAGCCUGGGGAAUAUAUGCCACGGCCUGGCUCAGGCGCAGUCCGUACCCAGAUCUCGGAUACACCCAGAGAAAAAAUACAGUCUACGAGCCACGGCUCUCGGCGAGAAUCCGUCAAGGCGAACGACACUUCACGGUCGAGCCGCAAGGCACACCCCGAAACUCUAAAAGACUUGCUCAGCAGACCGGACGAGAAGAACUAUCAUGAUGUAUGGGAUCUAUAUUGUAGGUUGGAUGAAAGCCAGAAACAAGAUUUACGGGCAUUAGUCGUGAUAUAUCUGUCUGCGUCCCAUGGCUCUGUAGAGAGGGGCCGAGCCAUCUCAAUCCUUCGACAAAUACCCGUCCAACUGUGGGACGAAAAGCUGCAAGCUGCAGGUGUUUUACUGUACCUUCAUGCUGGAGAUAGGACAGCAGCGAUCGACGUAUUCAAUACCGGACUUGCGACAAAGUCUUCCGGCGCAGGAUUCAAAUCCAUCUUGGAAUAUGCCAUUAUCAACAAAGAGUGGCCAAUUGCUCUCAAGGUGUGGCUAGACUAUAAUUCACAUUUCACGAGAAGUAACAUGGCAACCUCGUCUAUUUACGCCGACCUACCAUUGCUAAAAUUGGUUCCCGACUUGGCUAAACUAUACUUUUCGUUUGAACAUUACCUGGCAGUCGAGGCAGCUGAUCCCGUCAAAGCCAUUCAUCUAUACGAGGAUACACGCCAGGGGCUUCGGGCACUCCGUCGCUGGUUGGCACAACAAGUUUUACGACAGCCAUGUUCGCCCCGAGAGGCAAAGACGAUUCUUCAAAUAUGGAACGACGAGACGUUAUAUAGGUCAUAUCUCCUUCGUAUGCUGAGGCGGUGGAACGACGGGCUUGAAACCAGAGCAAGCCUGGCUAUGCUCCCUGAGAUUUAUCGGCAAUACCGCACGAUGUACCACGCGAAACCACCUCGAUUGUUACUACGACAAAUGUUCAACUUUUAUUAUCCGGCAGAUGCGGCUGGCUUGGCACAAAUCUAUUCCGACUGGCACCAAGCCUGGGGUGAUCUUGAUCAGUGGGGAUAUGAGAAGUUUUUACAAUUUUAUUCCACCACGGGGGAUGUCCCAGCCGUCAAAGAUCUGUGGGCAAGGUAUACGAAUCUCUUCCCGGAAGCUCCGAAGACACCUCAAGCUUUUCGAGGGCCUAUGAACGUGUAUGCACAGCUUGGCGAUGUUGCGGGAGCCGAACGCGAGCUUCGAAUUAUGACUGACCAGUACGGGGUAAAGCCCGAUAUCGAUACAUGGAACAUGCUUCUCAAAUGCUAUUCAAAGACGAACGAUCACGCUCGUGUCCUUCAAUGCUUCGAAGAGAUCAAGAGGCUCCACCAGCCGGACUCCUUCACCUAUGCACAAGUCAUGGCAAUGGCAGCCAAGAAAGGAGACCUUGCAACUACAUUGGACUUCUACAACCAGUCCCAGAAAGCCGGUGUACACAUAUCAAGAGAGAUGGCAAUGGCUUUGGUCCUGGUUUACUGUCACAACGAUCGCUUCAUAGAUGCCGAGAAAAUUUGUGCCGAGUUUGCCGAGCGCAAUUUAAGCAGCACGGCUGUUUGGAACCAACUGAUUUACUUCAAUGGCCUGCGAGGCAAACUGAACAAAUGCUACAGCAUCUUACAGUCCAUGACAAAGUAUGGUUUGGAGUGGGAUCACCAAACCCACCAGUAUCUUCUUCAGGCUCUGGUCCAAGUCAACCAAGUCCAACAGGCAUAUCGGCUGCUUCGAAAUGCCUGCGAUAAUAGCCUCUUUCCUCUUGGUCCAGAGCACUUUGCAGUGGUCAUGACUGGUGCCGUUCGUACGGGCCAACUGGAUUUAGCGGAGACAAUUUUAUCGCACAUGCGGUCUGCUGGCUUCACCGUGCCUCUCAGUGCGCAUGUGUCUCUUCUUGAGGCUGCGUUCCGUCGAGGUCCGUCAGCGCAGAACACGAGAGCGUUGGCCAAAGAUCUCGUGGAGCGCCUGUACUCGAUGCUUCAACCCACGAAGACGGCAGUACCGAGCGGAUGCCCAGAUGUACCAUCAUGGGAUACACUAACUGGGCCUGUUGAGUUGAAGAAGCAAACCAACGAGAUUGGUCGAGCAAUCGUGCUACUCGUAGAACUCAGGGAUUUCGUGGCUGUUGAGCGGCUGGUGACGGCAUACCUCGACGUGUUUCCAGAUUUCAAGAAACAGAACUACUUUCCUCCCAACAUUGCUUCUGCCUUGAUGCUGGGCUAUCUUAAGGAGGGGAGACGCGACCAAGUUCAUAAUAUGUGGCGGCAUACGCUGGAUGCCGCUCUUGCCAGUGGUAAGACCCCCGAAGGCGCCAUCUAUCCUGCCCUUCAAUACGAUCUUGCACGACCGCUCAACGUUGUUGCCAAGGCCUACCGAGAGGUCAAUGAUGGUCCUGGUCUCCUCAACACAGUCGAACAACUCACAAGCGCCGGCUUCAAACUCACGAGAACAAACUGGAACCUCUGCAUCCGCUACCUAGCCGAAAUGGGCCUAUGGGAGCGCGCAAUGGACUGGUGUGAGGAUUACCUCAUGAGCCGCUGGCGAGGUUGGAUGCCCGCUACCAAAUCCCUCCAAGAACGACGAGACAUGAAGAAUACCCGUGUCCUCGCAGCCUCCAAAGCCACCGUCUUCAGUCUCCAAAAGGAAUGGCUCAAGCUCCGCAAACUCGCCGCCUGGUCCGGUAGCAUAUCUUCCAAGCUCAAGGAAAUCGAACGCCGUCACCCCAUGCUACACCACGCCUUCAUCACCACAGACUACGAACACCUACCUGCCACGUGGAUGUUCCCAAGAAAGCAGAGCAUGACAAAGGCUAUAAAAGAGAUGCUGAGCCCACUGUCCCAUGAUGAAUUGAAAGCAAUGAGAAAGGCUCUCGAAAAGAGGUUGCGGCUAGAAAAACAAAAGACGCGCAAAGCAGUGCGUUCUCCGUUUCAUGUCGUUGUAGGACGGUCCAAGACGCAGGGCGAGGUUUUCACAAAGGCGUUCAAGACUGGCGAUUUGAAGACCUUGGAUGCCGUGUUGAAGGAGGAGCUUGCGGCCAAUAGAGGGGAAUCAUCUACAUCUGCCCAAGUACCUAGGUAG